AUGAACGGGAACGCAGUUCAGAGUGCUGAGCCGCCAGUCACACCGGCAUCCGCAAAGCGAAAACGCGAAACUACUGCUGAAGGUGAAGGAGAUGAGACAACCUCAACGGCACGGAGCUACGAUGAUACCUUUCCCGAUACUCUCAAGGACCUUAUUUUGGUCUUGUCAAAGCAUGACUCCGAUCUUGGGAUUCUAAGACGCCCACUUACCCACCUAUCCGCUGGAGAACCUGACAAUAAGCGUGUAAAGCGAUCCAAGACGACCGUCGAAUCACAGACUGUACAGUCUCGAGUCGAUAAGGCCCAUUACCAGUCCCUUGAGCCCUUCCUACACGAUGUCGAACAAGCUAUCAACUCGUUCGUCGCAGAGUCUCAGCGACACGAUAGCAAAUCUCGUCGGUCGAUAGGACCAGCUUCUUCUAACGAAUCCUCCAGCCGUGCGAACGCUUUUAGAAAAGAAUUGAACCGACUGGUUAUGAAAAUUCCUCCCCAGGCACCGUCUUCUACUCUUUCGUCUAAACAAACAAAGGCCGAGGACACGUCUGAAAAUUUGACAAGCAGCUCCCGGAAUGACCGGUUGGCUCUGGCUCUAGUGGACAACACUCCUCAUGGCAGACAGAUAUUUUCAAGUGUACAGCUGUCCGAUUUGCCUAUCAACGAAACCGCACUUCCCAAGGGCAUAGUGGUUACUAAGAUUGUUCCCUUCAACCCUUUACACCUGGACGAAUCGCGGAGUCGAACAAGAACUAUCGGGGAGGUCUUUUCACCGCGACCUAACACGUCUGUUCUAGAGCAUCCUCAAAAGCGCCCUGCAGAAAGUGGACCUUCCGUGGUUAAGUGGCUAGACCCUCUCGACAUUGCUUGCUCUUUAUCCAGUAACCUUCCCGGAAGAAAAACUUAUAGCUCGAUAUCCCUUCCAUCCGGAUCAUGGUUGAAUUAUGGCUAUGAGAAUCCAAAUGUGCCGGAUAACCACCGCCGAGCAUCAAAACAAGACACCGGUGAGAAGGAGAAACCAUCAAAAGAAGAUAUGACUCUUUUUCAGACACUUUAUUCAUCGUUUGCUCCUUCGUUUGACAGCUCUGGUGCGGUCGCACCUCGGGCUGCCAAAUACCAAGCUUGGUGGGAGAAAUCAGGGGCAAAUCGCGUUAAUGUUUUGUUUGGCCCCGAAGAAGCCCAAGGGCCCCAUAAAUUGCAUCCAGUUUUGGAUCAAGUGUUGGACCCCCAACUGUUGGACGAAGAAACUCUACCAGAAGCAGUGGAGUCCUUCAAGCCAGAUACAACAUAUGUGGAUAAGGCAACGGAGUCCAAGGAAUCAACUGAGAACGAAAUGAAAACCCCCGAGGGCGAUAUAGGAGAGAUACUUGACGAUAUAUCGGACCUGCUUCAAACAUUGAAUUCUUACCGUCAGCUACGAAACCUCUCGCAGAGCUCGCCAGAUAAAGCAAGUGACCAAAGCAAUGGGAUGUCAGCUAACCGCGAGCCUACGACUACUCCGUCUGAUGCAGAGUACAGUAUAUACCAAACAUUAAAGUCCAGCCUAUCGACCCUAGUGGCCUCUUUGCCACCAUACGCGGUCUCGAAACUGACUGGGGAGCAGCUUGCGGAAUUGAACUUGAGUAAGAAGAUUCUUCUAGAUAGCGUCGAUUAUCCUGGCACUCUAGAAGAUGAUGAUUUUACCAAGCAACAGAAACAAGCUGCGCAAAUCCAACAAAACCUGGUGAACUCUCGUGGCCAUGCACAGACAGCCCAGGGCCGACCCCCUUACCAGACCCCGGCAGUGGCCCCUUACCAACGUCAACACAGCACUCGCCAGAAACAAAUUCCAAUGAACUAUCAAUCCCCCCAGGGAUACGCAGGAAGACCCCCAACAGGACACUACCAACCGGUUAACCCUCAGGCAUAUGCACAGCACCCACAACCCGGCCAGCGGCAAGGGUACAUGCAACCCCAAUACCAACAACCCGCCGGUGCCUCUUCCCCUUAUACCAGGAGUGGAAUGCUGCAACAGUUCCAGAGAUCUUCUUCCAACGGUGUAUCCCACUACCCCCAAAGACGCCCUUCCCCUGCACAAACACCAAGCCAACCAUACCCUCAUCGUACCCCCCAAGCUGCAUACCAGCCUAUUCAUGGUAGCCAUCCGCAGCAGUUAAACCAUGCUGCUUCUCCCCAGAGGCCGCCACAUAACUAUAAUCAAUCUCCACAACGAACUCCCUAUCUAAACUCGCCAUCAGCCAACCCUGCUCAGCCACGAUACUUCCAGCAACAGACACCACAGCCUCUUCCCUACGCAAACUACCCUCCUGGUCAAGCGAGCCAGAUGCAUACACCAUAUUCUAAACCUUCGCCGGCUAUGGCCUAUGCCCGAUCGGCCGCCGAACAAGCCGCGAUCAUGGAUCGAAACAAGCUGCAACUGUUGGAUAAUCGCGCUCAAGCCGUCGCGUCGCCUCAGCCAAUGCACCCUAAUGGACAGGGCCAACCUAGGGAUGUUGAAAUGCACAGUGGCCAGUCGAACGGGCUACCUAUGGCUGGUCCAGGGGCCUCAAAAUAG